AUGAUCCUCUUGCCCACGGUGCUCUUUCUAUAUGGCUGGACCCUUCAGUACAAGGUACACUGGAUGGCUCCAACGGUUGCCACUGCGCUGGCAGGCUUCUCCUUAUCAACUGCCACCAUCCCCGUGAUGAACUACUUGGUGGAUAUCUUCGGAGAUUUUUCAGCCUCGGCAAUUGCUGCUGUGCUCCCGCUGCGCUACAUCCUUGGCACCUUUCUUCCUGUCGCGGCUCCCUACAUGUAUGGUCGUCUUGGCUAUGGCUGGGCGAACUCGCUGCUGGCUUUCAUUCUGAUUGUCUGUUUACCGGCUCCUCUGCUUUUGAUUCUCUCACCAAGAAGCAACGCUGUCCUCGCCAGGCCUGCACGGCUUGUAGGGAGUCAGACCUCGUAA